AUGGCCCCCAUUACGUACCCAGUGCUACCGGAGAAGCUCCUCCUGAUCUCCCUGAAAAUGUACUUUACCCCCGAUCGCACUCUGGACUACAUCCGCGGCCUGCUCGACCCAGCCAACGAGAUCGUCAAGCCCGCUAAUCGCGAGAAGCUCCUCCUAGCCCUGAUCCCCGACUUUCUCACCAUCUGGCCAUGCGCGGAAAUCCUCAGAGAAUAUGAGCGCAAGCUUGAGGCCGCCGGGACCUCCGUGUCACCGCCGCCCUUCUUCCUCGGCGCCCAGGACUGCAUGUGGGAAGACAGCGGCGCCUACACCGGCGAAGUCUCGCCCGCCUCCAUCAAAGCCCUCGGCUGCUCCAUCGUUGAACUGGGUCACGCUGAGCGCCGCGCGAUCUUCGGCGAGACGGACGACCAGACUGCCCGCAAGGCUGCCGCGACCUGUGCGCAGGGCAUGGUGCCGCUCGUCUGCGUCGGCGAGAUCACUGCUCCCGGUCCCGUCGCUUCGCAGGCAGUUGGCCAAGCGGUCUCCGAGUGCGCAGUCUUGGUCAAGGCCGUUUUGGCGGCGAUCCCGGCCGAGGCCCCCGUCAUUUUUGCCUACGAGCCGGUGUGGGCAAUUGGCAAGCCUAAGCCAGCGAGCGUGGACCACGUUGGCGCGGUGGUGGAGGGCAUCCGCGGGGUCAUUGGGCCGCGGCCUGGUGCGGCCCGCGUGCUCUACGGUGGCAGCGCGGGCCCUGGACUCUGGGGCGCCGGGGGGCUCGGCAAGGCCGUUGAUGGCAUGUUCCUCGGUCGGUUUGCGCACGAGAUUGAGGGGGUACGCAAGGUUGUCCGCGAAGUGGAAGAGAGUCUGGGCGUUGCCGCCUAG